CUUGGCGCUCCUCGCCACUCCUCUCUCCAUCAAGAAAUAUGGGCAAAGUUCAUGGCUCCCUCGCCCGUGCUGGCAAGGUCAAAUCUCAAACUCCUAAAGUCGAGGCUCAGGAAAAGAAGAAGACGCCCAAAGGCAGGGCCAAGAAGCGUAUCUUGUAUAAUCGCCGCUUCGUCAAUGUUACAACACUGCCUGGAGGCAAGAGAAAGAUGAACGCCAACCCGGAGAAGUAAAGAACGAAAUCCGUCGCUGUAUAUCAGUAGAGUUACGGUUUGGGAGUUACCCGGAAGGGCUCUGGGUUGACUGGGUGUCGGAUCCGUUCAAUUCGCCUUUAUUUCAUGCUCGCCUCCUUCCACACGUUACAUGCUACAUGCAAUAUUACACUUAUUUCAACUUCCCCAUAUGACACCAGAGAUCGACUUCCGAAUUUCAUUGUACAAAUGCCGUAGUUGAGUGGCCUUCAUUUUUGAGUAUCCAAAUGGAAAC